GUAUCAGAGCCGAUUGCAUUUGAUUGGGUCAAUUAGGAAAUUACGGUUAAAGCUUCGAGUUCGGAUUGUGAUUGUUGCAAUUGGGUUUAUGGUUCUGGCAAUCUAGUUUUCCAUUACUGGUGAUGGAUGCAUGCAAGAUGUUGUCAUUAAAGUUUGUUUGCUGCAAUUUGGUUUUGCUUACUGUGAUUGAAGUUUAAGUAAGUUUUGGGUUUCAUGGGUCGGAUUGAGAUUCAGUUCACGGCAUCCAUGGCUGUGCUAGCCUUAUGGGGAGACGAGCAGCAGCAUUUCAUGCACACUCGGGGCGUGCCUCCUGUGAGUGGCCUGGCCUUGAGGGGCGACGAGAGCAGGGCAGCAGGAUUCUUGGUCUGCAACCAUGACCACGGCUCUGCAAUCGCAGCCCCAGGUCGCGAUCUGAGGCAGCCUUUCGAGUUUUGGGUCGGCGAUUCGAGCCACACCGUGUCGAAAUCGACUCGCGACAGCUACUUCUGAGUCGUGGGUCGAAGGUAGCAGACCCACCUUCGUCUUCUUCGUCUUCCUCGAUCUCUUCCCCUCUCCCCGACCUCAAGCCAGCUGUGUCCCGAGCCACCUUCUCUCCAGCCCGUGCAUGUCGUGGUCACGGCCGGUGGCGGCGCAGUCAACGCCGUCACUGAAGGGAAGGCCGUGAUCGGGGCAGGUGCUGGAGCCGAGCUGGGCUCCGAAGGAUAGAUGCACCGCUGUUCUUUCUGGGUCGGGGAAAGAUUCGGGUGGAGAAGAUGAACUCCGACCCGAACCGGAUUAUUUUUGCCCGACCCAUUUCAGUUUCGGAUCUGGACCAAAGUUGGGCUCAAGCCCGUUCAGUUAAGCUCGGCCCAGCUGACUUGGUCUGACCCAAUUUCAGGCCAAUUCGGCUUCAGCGGGCUUGGCCCAUUAAGUCAAAGCUCAGUUUGGCCAAAGUUUGACUGUUCGGUCAACCUUGACCAGAUCGACCGGUUCAAGUUAAUUCAGCCCGGUUCUUCGUCAGUUUUGGCCGGUUUAGUUGAAUUUUUGACCGGUUCGAUCAAAGUUAGUCCGGUUCUGGGCCAAUUUUGAAAGAUUGGUCACGAUUGAGACUGAUUUAGGCCGGAUUUUGUCCGGUUCAGUCUAAUUUGGUGUGGUUCAUGCUCAAUUUUAAAUUGGUUUCAGCCCAUUUAGUUCGGUUUAGAUCAAUUAACUCCGGUUCAUGCCUAAUUUUGGGUGUUCCAGAUCCAAUCUUGGGCAUUUCAAACCUAAUUUUAACCGGUUUUAGGUCUGAAUUAAAUAAUUGCAAUUUUUCUGGAAUGUCUAAUGUUCUAAAAUGGAUUAAUUGAAGCAGCAUCUCACUUUGGUGAGCUCUAUUGUGUAGAUCAAUCUGUUUGGAAUAUAAGAUGUUUGCGUGUUUGGAAUUUCACGCGGAUAGUGAUCAGCCCAAAGGAAGGUUACUAUAUGGUCGAAUUCCAUGCAUGCAUGUGAUAAUAAAUAUGAGACUGUCAUAAAGUUUUCCAUGUGAACAUUUAAGUCGGCCCAAAGGAAGGCUUAUUGUUUGACAGGAUUAAUGGUCUGUAUUUGAUUACUGCACCGAGGAUAUCACUUACAAGUUGAUAUCAUCUUUCCAAAGACGGAGGAUCAACGUUGUGCUAGGAAGUAAAAGUCUAGUUGUUGCCUUAGUGAAAAAAGGCGUGCAACCCAAUCCAAUGGGCAAACCUCGAAAGAUAAUUACAAAUCCAGCUGGCACGGAUGCUGAUACCAACAACGUCUCGGAUCACUUUCCUCCCUCAUAUCCCGACAAUGGAGAUGAUCUCCGGCGCUACCAAGGCCUGUAUAAGGCAGCUCUAGCAGGAGAUUGGGAGACGGCUGAGAGGACUUUCAAGAGCGACCCCGAUGCAAAAACGGCCAUAAUUUCUGUAGGACCAGAGACUGCAUUGCUUCUGGCAAUUUCAAUGGGACGGACGCAGUUCAUAAAGAAGCUAGUACAACUCCUCUCCCCGGAAGACCUGGAAAUGGAAGAUUCUAACGGCCAGACAGCCCUCCACUUUGCUGCAAUGUAUGGAAGUUUGGAUGCCGUAAAGACUCUGAUCGAUAGACACAGGACGUUGACCCAAAUCAUCAACGCUGAGGGAUUUACAGCCCUCCAUACCGCAGCCAUUUUCAACAGCAAGGCAGUGAUGUGGUACCUUACCUUGAAAACUACUGAUGAUCCUCCUGGUCGUCCCUUUACCGGCCCUAAGGCCGGUUCACUGAUUCAGGGUCUGGUGUGGUCAGGUUCCUACGAUAUAUGCCUUCACUUAUUGGAGAGAUAUCCAGACUUAGCUCGGGUAACAAAUGAAUGCGGACGGGGAAUGCUAGAAGCUUUGACAGACAAGCCUUCUGAUUUCAAAAGUGGAUGCAAGCUUAACUUCUGGCAGCGAUGCAUAUACCACCUUAUUCCGGAGGAAGUGGAGCUCGACCAAACACCACCUCGGCUAUUUAGCAAUGAUGUGGAAGACCCUCUGGUGAACACCCGAAUAUCACCAACUUCAACAACCUAUUGGACUCGAGUUCGGCAGUGGAGCAUCCAAACUGCUUGGAAAGCUCAGGAUUAUUUUGCAUUUGGUGCGAUCAAGUGCAUCCAAGAUGAAAAGUACAAACACAAAUGCACCCAAAGGCUUGUGGAAAUUACAUGCCAAGUAAUUGCCAAUGGUAUGACUCCGAGGGAGAUACUUCAGUUCUUUGCAAGUCAAUAUAUUCUACGCUCUGCAGCGGAGCCAGGCAUAGUUGAAAUAAUAUCCAUUUGCCUUCAGUAUUUUCCCUAUUUGAUUUGGGUCAAGUCAACAUUUGCAACCGCUCUUCAGUCGGCGGUAACCCUACGACGAGAAAAGGUGCUUAGUCUUAUGCUUGAAAAGAACGCAAUUACCAAAGCUUUAUCCAACACAAAGGACGGAUUUGGUCAGGAAAUUUUGCAAUUUGCUGCAAAAUUGUCACCUUACCCUGAACUUUCAUCUGUAUCUUGUCCUGCACUACAAAUGCAAAGAGAGUUGCAAUGGUUUAAGGCUGUGGAAAAGUUUGUUCAUCCCCAAGUUAGAGUACAUGCGGAUAAAUAUGGCCAAACAGCUGGAGAACUGUUUACAAGGGAACAUCAGGAGUUAAUCAGAGAUGCGGAGAAAUGGAUGAAGGACACCUCAAGCUCCUGCAUGGUGGUAUCCACUCUCAUAGCCACCGUCGUUUUUGCAGCAGCUUUCACAGUUCCUGGUGGAGAUGUUGACGGCAAAGGCAUUCCAAUUUUUUUAAACGAGCGAGUCUUCAUGUUGUUUGCUGUGUCCGAUGCUCUAGCUCUCUUUUCCUCUACAACUUCCAUCUUAAUGUUCUUGUCUAUCCUGACGGCGCGGUACGCAGAAGAAGAUUUCCUCCGAGACCUUCCGCAGAGGUUGAUAUUAGGAUUCACGUCUUUGUUCCUUGCCGUAGCAACCAUGAUGGUGGCAUUUGGAGCAACAUUAUAUAUGGUCCUAAAUGAGAGGUUCCACUGGAUUUUGUUCCCGAUCAUAGCACUCACUGCCAUCCCUGUUGCUCUAUUUGCUAAGUCGCAACUUCCACUGCUCAUCUUCAUGGUGCAGUCAACACAUGGUGCUCGCAUUUUUCACCAUCAGAAAAUUUGGCAGUCGGAUUGAGGGAUACUGGUGUUGUGCAUGUGAGCAAUAUGUGUCUCUCUCUAUUUCACGGCUUGGUUUGGAGAAUUGUCAUUGUAUUACUCGGAUAAGUUGAUUGUAUGAUUUGGAUAUAUGUGGGGUGAAAUUGGACUAUGCAAGCCAUAUGUGUAUCCAAUAUAAUGCGCUGGUGUGGAAAAGCUUUAGCUCAUUAAGUAAA